CUACAACAUUCACACUCACAACCAAAUCGUGUCUUAUCUGCUUCUCAUCUUAACCCUGAAGUGCGAAUCAGAAGCUCUGUUCAAAACUGGUUAGAAUCCCCAGGGGCAAGUGUACUCUAUCGAAUCGCAGUCAUCGGAAGUUCAGUCUUCAGGGCGACAGGUAUCGACCAGGAUUUAAGAAGCUAGACAAGCUCAUGAGAGUGACAUAAGUUUUUAUUCACCGGUAUACCGGAAAACCGGUCAGAUGGACCAUAAUAUUUUGGUUUCCGAAUUACAAGCUUUGGUGCAAGAGACUAGAAGACGACAUCCGGAUGUGAAAGAUGCCGGAGAAACCGCUUUAGAAUCUCUCAAAUCGGGUCCUCUACCAAAGCCCGUCCCAUUGAAACAAGCAGAUAUCCUGCUCUCACCCAUCACACUCGGAUGUAAAACCAAAACCCCUAAAAUCAUCGGGAUCUCUCUGGCUGCAUUGCAACGUUUGGUCGCUCUUUCUGGAUUACCCACUGAACACCUUCCUGUGGUAUUACAGACUUUGACAAGUGUCUCGGGACAGGGAGUAGACAUACAAUUGAAGAUAUUACAAACUAUUUUGGCGGUCUUGACUUUCAAUAAAGAUGUACAUGACGAGGUGUUGGGCAGUGCCCUUUUGCUAUGCUUCAAACUUCAAGACUCCCGCGUAUCCGUUGUCUCCUCCACAGCUGCCGCCACACUCCGACAAGCCGUCAUGGUCGUUUUCGAUCGUGUCAGUACCGACGAAUCAUCCCCCUCUGUACAGCUAUCCCUACCCGGUGACCCCCAGGUCGACCUAACUUUGACUCAAUCCGCAAUGGAUACCUUCAGUAUCUUCUCCGACUUGUGCCUCCUCACGGCCGGUCACACCGGCUCAGGUCUGACCUUAUGGGGUGGAGGAGAGAAGGCGAAACCGAGAUUGCUCAAGCUCAGCACGUUGAGUCGGACUUUUGGUCUAGAACUUAUUGAGAGUAUUCUCAGUGGUUACGAGAGUGGGGUUAAACAGAGACCGGAGCUGUUACACGUCGUCAAAAUUUCACUCGACCCUUUGCUCAUAAAGCUACUUGCCGAUAAGCCCCCUUUCCCAGUCGCUCUCCGUCUCUGCCGUAUACUCUUCCUCCUCAUCCGCAGCUUCAUCAAUCAUCUUCCAAUCCAAGUCGAAUCAUAUCUCUCCACCCUCAUCCGUUUGGGCAUGGGCGACACCGAACAUGAAGAAUCGAAGAAAGAACAUGUACCACCUUGGCUGCGAGUCCUGGCUCUGGAAAUACUCCGUGGAAUAUGUGGUGAUGCAGCCUUACUGCAAGAUAUCUGGAUACAUUACGACCAACCGGGCGAACCGGGUCUUUUCGCCAAGCUUAUCUCUUCCCUUGGCAGACUGGUAAAUGAAAAACCUACUCUUCUCGGUAUCGGAACCAAAAUGCAAGGGCUAGGGGUUCCAGCAGUGGAAGGGCAUCACUCGAAUCCCGGAUAUCUUGACAUGGGCAUCGGCAUGGUGGCGUCAGCUGCCAGUGUGGGAGUCUCGACUGUCAGUUCCAUGAUAGGAGCCCAGGGCGCUGGUCUGGGACCUCAGUCAGCUAUGAAACUCAAACUGAUCGAACAACAUGACAAGGUGGAAGCUCCCCCCAUUCCGGAAACAUACAUCUAUCUACUUGCUUUACAAAGUGUAAACGCCGUCGCUGAAGGAAUUUUUGCCGUCUCAGGACAGACAUCGGAAACCCCACUGGCCAUCACAGGAUUGGCAGAGUCAGCCUGGCCUGCUCUGCUCGCGGCCCAGUCUUUCUGUAUCGCUACAAACCUUUCCGACUCUCUCUUCGCUGAAGUCCUCAGUGCUUUGCAAAACUUCACCAUUGCUUGUGGCGUUUUGAACCUUCGAACUCCCAGGGACGCUUUUCUCAGUACCCUUGGCAAAUACGCGGUUCCGCCGCAACUUGUCUCGGCCGCGCAAACGUAUCUCGAAGCACCUGCAGGAUCUCAUCGGAACAACGUCAUGAAUACGGAUGCUUUGGGUCUCGGGGCUGCCCUUGGGGUCGGAGUCGUUCCCAGUCCACCGAGUUUAUCCGAGCGAAAUUUGGCCUGUCUAAAAAGUGCCAUCACUGUCGCUCGCUUGCUUUCUGCAUCUCUGGGACCUGCGUGGCACGAUAUCCUCGAGGUCAUACAAAAUGCCAAUUUUCUUCUCACUGUCAGAAAACCUAACGUUCCUCGCAAACAACCUACCGGUACACCUCAAGUCGGAACUACCUCUCCUUCUCGCUCCCGAACGUCCGGUGAGGGUCAACGUCCGGAAGUGUUCGAGGAUCUAGAAGUCGACGUGAUACAGCUCGCCAUUAACGCCUUGUUCGACUCCACCAGGGAACUGGAUGAUGCUGCUCUGAGCAUUUUCUUAUCUGCUUUAUGCCAGCUCAGCUCAGAAAUGAUUGGUAUGGAUCCAAGUCACUUCACCGUUGUCAACCCAACCGAUGGCAAUGUUUCCCCAAGUGUGACUGAAGGUCCUCUAUCGCCUGGUCUCGCUGUCAGUACGGAAAUGCAUCGAAGACGUUCUAGCGGUAUCAACAUUUCACAUAGCAUCAAAUCUGGUGAUAGAUCUUUCAGCCUUCACAAGCUACGAACUGUUGGGAUGCUCAACCUUUCUCGACUGGUCAAAGGUGAUCCUGAAAUAGGUUGGACGAUGUACACUCAACAUCUUCUUGCUGUGGCUCGACAUUUGACGGCUCCUUCGACCAUCCGAACGCAAGCCAGUGAGGCACUGAACGAGUUUUUGCUUUCGGCCAUUCGUGUGGGACGCGAUUCUCGAGUUCAACAUCAAGUAUUCGACGUGCUUGUGAAACAAGUGGACGUCACUCCCAUAAGUAAUAGCAUAGCUACAGAUUACGAUGUUCGCUCCACCGGAUUUCAGACUUUGAACAAUAUAUUGGAAUCUUCAGGUCACUCUCUGCAAGUAGGUUGGGACACCAUCUUCAGUAUGCUCAAUAACGUCUGUCGGGAUUCAUCCUCUGGGUCCGGGUUUCUGCAUCGGAACGAUUCAUCUACCUCUGUCAAUACCACCUUUCGAGCCCCCACAUCUUCCACUCUGAGCAAAGGUGAUGCCGCUCUCGUCCGGAUCGCCUUUCCUUCCCUCAACCUUAUCUGUACCGACUUUUUAUCAUCUCUCAACCCCGAGGAUCUCCGACUCUGUAUCUCCUGUCUUGGCUGCUACGGGAGGCAAAGAGAUGAUGUCAACAUCACGCUUGCUGCUAUCGGUCUCUUAUGGGCUGUGUCGGACGCGGUGCAACAACGACAACUCAUCGAUUUAUGGUUGUACCUUCUUACAGAGCUUUUGGAACUAGGAAGAGAUCCUCGACUAGAAGUACGAAGUGGAGCCAUGCAGACUCUCUUCCGCUGCGUGGAACUCUAUGGCGCAUCCCUAUCGAGCGAGCUUUGGGCUGAGGUGUUGAACAAGGUCAUCCUUCCUUUGUUGGAAGGAGCACAAGGUGACGAUGCCCAUGUCCUAGCUCUUACCUCAGUGGGCGGUAUUUUACAAAGCUUCCUUUCUAGUCUACUACAACUGGACGACUUUGAGAGAGUGUACGAGAAACUACUUGGGCAAUUGCAAAGAGCUUUCAUUUCUCCACCAAGAACAUGCGCCACGGCGGCUCUCAGAGCGUUGGAACGAAUAUUACUUGGUUUUUCGUCGGUUCCUCCGCCCCCAACAUGUAUCGACAAGUCCUGGAAUAUUUAUUGCGACAUGUCGGCAAACAUCGCUCAAGGGGAACCAUAUACACAAGAGAAUCUCAUCGCUCUCACCCGAGUCGGUUCCUUGUUACAUAUGCAACUUCCUGAAUCCGACUCGACAUCUAGACAAUUGUCACAGAUUCUAAGAAGUCUUAUGACGUACUCUCGGUCCCCGGAUUAUCGACCGGACGUCGAUAGCAUGUCUCCUCUUCAAUCAGCCAUCACGGAACUUCUGACUUCUUCUCAUGGAUUCGCGCCAUCCAUCGUCUUGGAAGAUCUGGCAGAGUAUACGUCAUUGGCAUAUUCCGGUGAUGGACAAGGAGGAAAGUUGAGUUUUGUGGGAUUGAGCAAAUGGACCAUGCCUACUAUGGCUCGGAUCUUUCAGGCAUGUUCAAGUGAUGUUGAGGCUUACGAAGAUGGGACAGUGGAGAGUGUAUUAGGAGCAUACGCAAUACCGGUCAAACUGAAGUAUGACUGUCCUUCUCCUUGCAAAUUUGGUGAAGACCAACCAUUGUGGCGAACGGCUAUGACUGCGUUUUGUGCUGUGCUUGAGGAGCUCAUGACUCAUUUGCUCACCUUAAAUGUUCAGACUGAAAGAUAUAAAGGUAUUUGGAGUCAAAUCAUGGUCGUAUUUGGGGCUACUCUGUUAGGUGACAAUCCCAACGAUUUGCCCGAAGAAGACGAGCAUUUCGUCAUUAGCAUUCUCACCCACAUACACACCUCCAUCGCCGCUCAUCUGGGAGACGACCGUGUGCCAGAUCGAGUUCUACUACAAUAUUCCGAUGUUUUAGCCAAAGCCAGCAGAGUGUAUAGAUACGACACGACUUCUGAAGGUGGUACCACCGCACCCGCCGUAGCAGAGCCCAGCGAACAGAUGCGAUAUUGGGCAUUUGAUCGUUUGGUAGAAGCUGUGACUCGACCCUCUACGUCUACUUCAUCAAACGCACAGUCGGUCAAAGUCCAGUCGGAGGAAAAUGCAAAACGAGUGGCUCGGCUUUCCAUACCUGCCUUGGUUGGAAGAUUCAAAAGUUCUCUAAGACAAUUUCUUGAUGAUUCAAAGAUCAGAGGUCAAAUGCCAUUCCCCAGGGUACGAGAGGAUGAAUUGAUGUAUAUCCUUCGACAUCUCGUCACGUUGAGGAUAUGGGAAGAUACUAUCUCCUCGUCUUCUCAUGUAUCGGCAACAUUACAAACAGCUUAUUCCACUUCGUCUCGCGCCCAUUUGUUCCAUUUCUAUCCUUUACUCCUUGAACUCUGUUUCGUUAGAGUACCAUUACCUAGCAUGUGGAUAUUCCCACCUGAACAUGCUCGACUCAUGUCCCUUACUCCUGAAUCCUCCACCUCACGACGACCAUCACAUGAUCCGAAAGUAGAGCCUCAGGGUUUAGAAGAUGGUGGUGAAACUCGAUCUAGUCGAUCUCGUUCGGAGGUGAUGGAAGAGGAGAUAGAUGCUGGAAAUGGUGAGGAUCUAGUGGAGAUUAAUGCUAGAGAUAUCGCCAGACGUUGUCUUGAGCUCGUCGGAGAAGAGAUGGGUUUAGGGUGAUGAGGAUGGGAUAUGUCAAGUGGGGUUUGGUAUGAAGAGGGAAGGAAGGGAGAAGUAUUUGUGGAAGAAAGGGGAGAUAUAGAUAGAAAUUCUUAACAAAAGAUAAUAUACAAUCUUGGUACAAAUCAUUCUUUUUCAUCAUUGCAUGCAUUUUACGCUUUUACUUG